GUAUUUUCAAAAUUCGCAAAUUAUUUACAUUUUAUUUAGAUAGCUAUUUCAAGUACUAUUCUUGUUAAGUUCUAUCCAAUAUUAAUCGUAAUUUCAAAUAAUAAUGAAAAUAUAAAGAAACAAUUUACAAAUAAUUUAAAGAUAACUUCCAGGUUCAAUUCUUAAAAUGCAUAAUUAUCACGUGAUUUUUCAGAUUUUUUUAUUGGUGUUUAAUUUCGCAUGUAAUCAUGGAUUUUAUGUACCGGGUGUUGCACCAGUGGAAUAUAAAAAAGGUCAGAAAAUUGACGUUAAAGCUGUUAAAAUGACGAGUAUCCACACACAGCUUCCCUACGAAUAUUAUUCCCUACCUCUGUGCCUACCAAAAAAUGGAACAAUUAUAUACAAAUCUGAAAACUUAGGAGAAGUAUUAAGAGGUGAUCGCAUUGUUAGCACAAAUUAUGAAAUACAUAUGGCAGAGAAUAUUAAAUGUAAACUAUUAUGUCACAAAAAAAAUGACCCAAUGAACUGGAAUGUUGAAGAAUCUGAAACAGUUGCCAGUCGUAUUGAGCAUGAAUAUUUUGUGCAUUUGCUAGUUGAUAAUUUACCAGUUGCUACUAGAAUUAUAAAUCAAGAAACAUCAGAAAAAUCUAUUGAACAGGGUUAUAGGCUUGGAUUUAUGUCAAAAGGGAAAGCUUUUAUUAACAAUCAUUUAAAACUACUACUUAAGUAUCACAAGCAUAGUCAAGACUCAUACAGGGUAGUUGGUUUUGAAGUUGAGACACAUUCUGUAUCCAAAGAUGAUUUAAUUUUCUUAGACGACUCAUGCCAAUUUCCAUUGGAACCGAGGCCACAGCUAGUGAAUGAGGAUACUGGGACUAAAUUGUAUUUUACAUACUCUGUGGAAUGGGGGGAAUCUGAUAUACAGUGGGCCUCACGCUGGGAUAUUUAUUUAGGGAUGAAAGAUGUGCAAAUACAUUGGUUCUCUAUUAUCAAUUCCAUUGUGGUAUUGUUCUUUCUAUCAGGAAUACUAACAACGAUUAUGGUACGUACACUAAGGAGAGAUAUAGCAAAGUACAAUUCAGAUGAUGAUAUAGAGGAUCUUAUAGAGGAGACGGGAUGGAAAUUGAUUUAUGGUGAUGUGUUUAGACCUCCACCGAAAAGAAUGUUAUUUGCUGCUGUAAUUGGGAAUGGUAUACAAGUAUUCCUUAUGGCUUUGAUUACAAUAUUCUUUGCGAUGCUGGGUAUGCUCUCACCAGCGAGUCGUGGUGCAUUGAUGACCUCAGCAAUUUUUCUCUAUGUUUUCAUGGGGUUAAUAGCUGGCUACUAUUCCGCUCGUUUAUACAACACUAUGCGAGGGAAGCAAUGGAAGCAGGCAGCCUUCUUAACAGCGACUUUGUACCCGGCGAUUGUGUUCGGAAAAUGUUUCGUCCUGAAUUUCUUUAUUAUGGGAAAACAUUCGAGCGGAGCAGUCCCAUUCUCUACAAUGAUGGCCUUAUUAUGCCUUUGGUUUUGUAUAUCUUUACCAUUGGUGUAUUUGGGUUACUAUUUUGGGAUACGGAAGCAACCUUUUCAGCAUCCUGUGAGAACUAAUUUUAUACCGAGGAAGGUACCAGAACAAGUUUGGUAUAGGAAUGUUUUUGUAUGUACCCUCGUAGCUGGAAUCCUUCCAUUUGGGGCAGUGUUCAUAGAGCUAUUCUUCAUCUUUAGUGCUCUAUGGGAGAAUCAAUUCUAUUAUCUGUUUGGGUUCCUGUUUCUUGUAUUCUGUAUAUUGGUUGUAUCUGUGUCGCAGAUAUCCAUUGUGAUGGUGUAUUUCCAGCUCUGUGGAGAGGAUUAUCAUUGGUGGUGGAAAAGUUUUAUAGUAUCUGGAGGUUCUGCUGUCUAUGUUCUGAUAUACUCAAUUUUCUACUUUUUUACCAAAUUAGAAAUCACGGAGUUUAUACCCACCUUGCUUUAUGUUGGCUAUACAGCACUGAUGGUUUUGACUUUUUGGCUCCUAACUGGAACGAUUGGCUUCUUUGCCGCAUACACGUUUAUAAGGAAGAUAUAUGGAGCUGUUAGAAUCGAUUUAAAUUCUGUAAAAACACUUUAAGAUUUAAAAAAAUAUCGCGCCUUCACGUAAUGUCACAUUUGGCCAUAAGGCUUUGUAGCCCCACAGACGAUAUUCAAGCACAGAUUAUGUUAUAGAGUAAAUAACGAUUGCUGUAAUUUUUCAAACAUCUCAGAGUGUAUAAUUGAUUAUUUGAUGAAAUGGUUGAAUUGUUGAACUAUAUGUAAAUGAACAUUUAGCUACAUAUCCAUUAAUUAUGGAUGGUAGAUAUAGCGAUCUUAUGAAGGUACGGUAUAGUAUAAGUUGGAUGGAAAGUGUUCAUAUAAUAUUAUUAUGAUUUGUUUGUUGAGUGAUUCGGCUGUGACGUUUUAGUCGAGAGCUUUGUUACGUUGUCUAUGGCUGGUAUUUGUAACCCAAUCCCGUAAGUCAAAAUACAAUAGUGAAUAGACUAUUGACAUUGAAAACAGCGCCUCUAGCGGCGAAUAAUUUACAAAAGUAAAGUAUGUUACUUAUUUCACUUUAACGAUUUAACGUACAUAUUCGCCCAAUAAUUUAAAGCGAUUCGAUGAAAAUAAUGAAAUUUUAGUCCAUAGUGUAUGCUUGAGAAUGAUUUAGUUAAAUAAGUUCGUAUUCCAAAAAUAUUGGCUGUUAAAAAAAAGCGUAGCAUAAAGGUCAGACCGACUCAGAAACCUAUUGUGUGAAGAUUCUCUAACGA